CCAACAAAAACGACCUCCUCUCAAGCACGCUCGAUAUCAUCGAGCCUCACGCACCUUUCACUUCCACUACGCAGCAGCAGCAGCAGCGACCAUGGCGUCCCGCAACAAAGGCGCCUACGAGAACGCGGCGUCCGACACGGACUUCCGCAAGAAAUUCGACCGCGCCGAGUACGCGCAGCAGGCUGCGGAGCGCGAAGCCAAGGAGAAGGAGGAGCGGCGGCUGCGCUACGAGGCCAAGCUCGCGGGGAAGAAAUACUACACGCCGCUGACGGGCGAGGAGACGUUGACGCAGGCGCGCGCCUCCCGCCUGGACGUCUCGAGCAAUGUCGGCAAGGUGAUGCUGGUGCCGGCGGGGGCGGCGACGGGGAAGCGGGGCCGCGGCGCGGGAUUCUAUUGCGAGGUCUGCGAUCUGACUUUUAAGGAUAAUUUGCAGUGGGUGGAGCAUGAGAAUAGCAUGCAGCAUCUCCGAGCGAUUGGGCAGACGGGGGAGGUGAAAAGGGCGACGGCGGAGGAGGUGCGGGAGAGGAUCGACAGGGUGUGGGAGAGGAUAAUGCAGGAGAAGAAGGAGGAUGUGAAGACGUUAGGGGAGAGGCUAGAGGUUAGGAAAGAGGAGGAGGAAAGGGAGAGGGAGGAGAGGAGGAGGAAGAGGAGGGAGCAGUUAGAGAAGAAGAGGCUGGAGAAGGAGAAUGAGAUCAGGGUAAAGAGGGAGUAUGGCGAGGAUGUACGGAUUGAGGGAGAGCAUGAUGAGGAUGAUAUGAUGGCUAGUAUGGGAAUCACUGGGUUUGGCACUUCGAAGAAGUGAUCUCGAGACAUUGCAUUCGAUUUAGCGACGGCGUUGGGGGUCUUCAUAAUGCAUGCAUCGUCCAUGGGAAUAUAUGGGAAUCCUGCCUCGAUUACCGUAGGCAUCUGUCUAUUUGGGGUCAAAAUAUUCCACUUGCUUGUGAUAUCCC